CCAGAGAGCCAGGGCUCGGGCCGUUCCUCUCAGAGCCCCAGCAGGGAGCCCGGCCCUGCCCAGCCCAACCCAACCGGGCCCGGCCCGGCCCUGCCCAGCCGGAAUCUCCCAUUUCCAGGAUGGUGCCGGCGGACGUGGAGAAGGAGCGGAAGCGACAGGCGAUGGCCAUCGUGAGGGAGAUCACCGGGCAAGAUGUGUCCCUGGACCUGGGGAAGAAGAUGAGCGUCCCCCAGGACCUGAUGAUGGAGGAGCUGUCUCUGCGCACCAACCGGGGGUCCCUCCUCUUCCAGAAGAGACAGCGGCGGGUACAGAAGUUCACCUUGGAGUACCCAGUUGGCCCCCUCAGAAGAGUGACCAGAGGAGCCGGAGAAGCGGAAAGUCACGAAACGAGAGCGGCGCAAACGUGGGAGGCAGCCAAUGGCCCGGAGGGGCAGGAGAGCUUCCACACAGAAAUCCACAUCGCCCCAUCAGGGCAGGUAAUCCCAACUUCGGGGCCUGGAGGGACCAGCCAACUUCCCUCAGCCAGCCCAAGCAACCUUGCUCCAGGCUAUUCCGAGCCCCUGAAGGGAGUCCCGCCCGAGAAGUUCAAUCUCACGGCCAUCCCCAAGGGGUACCAGUCGCCCUGGAGGGAGUUGAACAGCAGCAAAGACUACCAACUGGACACCCUGAGUUUCCUGCCCAAGAUCGCCAGCCCCACGGACUACAGGAGCUUCAACAAGACUCCCAUGCCAUUCGGAGGGCCCCACUUCAGCGAGACGUUCCCCGGACUCAACCCGAUCUACCCUGCGGCCGAGCCUCUAAGCGGGCUGGAGCUCCUCCAAGGCAGGCCCAAUUUCAACAGAGUUCCCCAGGGCUGGACCCGGAACCUGAACCUGCCCGAGUCCGAGGACCUGUAGCUCCCUAACCCCUCACCCCACUCCCCCCUGGUCCCGUUGGGCUUCAGGGAUCAGUCCCGCCCUUCCCUCUGGCACUUUAAAGAGCAGGCCGGAGAUCCCGCCCGGAGUUAGUAGCGGUCGGCAGCCUCCCACACGCGGACUCUGCCACAUUGGGAUUGGGUUGUGCAUCCCCCCGGAACAUUCUCUCCCCCACUUCGGGGCUGGGUGAGGACCACUAGUGUGAAAUUGGCCGUAUGUCCCUUGACCGCUCCUCACAGAGGCUUUCACACAUCCUGACCCUUCAACCCAUAGCGUUUGGGAGAGUAGUCCAGUACAACAAAGUAGGUAGACACAUUGCCCCUUGCCCUACUUCCGGCCAUACAAUCCCCUUCCCCUCCUCUCUGGGACAGCUCUCCAUCUGUCUCUGUCUGUCACUCUGUCUCUCUGUCGCUCUCUA